CGUCCCGACGGCGCCACCUUUAAGCGUCACGGGUGGGGCCGCAGCCUCUGGACCUAGGACUCUCAACAUGUCGCGCCUGAAGCGGAUGGCGGGGCAGGAUCCCCGCGCUGGUUUCAAAGCCGGUGGAAGAGACUGCGGUACCUCGGUACCCCAAGGGCUGUUGAAGGCCGCGAGGAAGAGCGGCCAGUUAAACCUGUCGGGCAGAAACCUCACUGAAGUGCCGCAGUGUGUCUGGAGAAUAAAUGUGGAUAUCCCUGAGGAAGCUAAUCAGAAUCUUUCGUUUGGUGCUACUGAAAGAUGGUGGGAGCAGACAGAUUUGACCAAACUAAUAAUAUCAAACAAUAAACUUCAGUCACUUACAGAUGACCUACGACUCUUGCCUGCACUGACUGUUCUUGAUAUACAUGAUAAUCAGCUGACAUCUCUUCCUUCUGCUAUAAGAGAGCUAGAAAAUCUUCAGAAACUUAAUGUCAGCCAUAACAAACUGAAAAUACUCCCUGAAGAAAUUACAAACCUAAGAAACCUGAAGUGCCUGUAUCUCCAGCAUAAUGAAUUAACCUGCAUAUCAGAGGGAUUUGAACAACUUUCCAAUUUAGAAGAUUUAGAUCUUUCAAACAAUCAUCUUACAACUGUUCCUGCUAGUUUUUCUUCUCUGUCCAGUCUGGUGCGACUCAAUCUUUCUAGUAAUGAACUGAAGAGUUUGCCAGCAGAAAUAAAUAGAAUGAAAAGGUUGAAGCAUUUGGAUUGUAAUUCAAAUCUCUUGGAAACUAUACCUCCUGAAUUGGCUGGCAUGGAAUCACUAGAAUUGCUUUAUUUGCGGAGGAAUAAGUUACGUUUUCUACCAGAAUUUCCUUCUUGUAGUCUAUUGAAGGCUGAGGAGGAGGAAGAGAAGGAGUUGGUCUUGCUGUCUCAUGUGCAGUUCAAGCCUAAAACCCAUUGUUAUUCAAGGAUCAACUGUGUUUAUAGUAGCAUGCUGUUUUCAUACUGUAAGUUUAUAUCAUCUGCUUACAAGAUGAAUCAUCUGUCUGAAAUGGAAUUGCAUGUAGGUGAAAACCAGAUUGAAAUGUUAGAGGCAGAACAUCUUAAACAUCUGAAUUCAAUUCUUGUGCUAGACCUGAGAGAUAACAAGUUAAAAUCUGUUCCAGAUGAAAUUAUACUACUACAGUCCUUGGAAAGGCUUGACCUAAGCAACAAUGAUAUUAGUAGUCUUCCCUAUUCAUUGGGGAACCUUCAUUUGAAAUUUUUGGCAUUAGAAGGAAAUCCUUUGAGAACAAUUCGAAGAGAAAUUAUAAAUAAAGGAACCCAAGAAGUCCUAAAAUAUCUACGAAGCAAGAUCAAAGAUGAUGGACCUAGCCAAAGUGAAUCUGCUACUGAGACUGCCAUGACACUACCAAGUGAAUCCAGAGUCAAUGUACAUGCCAUCAUUACAUUAAAAAUAUUAGACUAUAGUGAUAAACAAGCAACUUUGAUUCCUGAUGAGGUGUUCGAUGCAGUAAAAAGCAACAUCAUCACUUCUAUUAACUUCAGUAAGAAUCAACUAUGUGAAAUUCCAAAAAGGAUGGUAGAACUGAAGGAAAUGGUUUCUGAUGUCAAUCUCAGUUUUAAUAAACUUUCCUUUAUAUCCGUGGAGUUAUGUGUGCUUCAAAAAUUGACUUUUUUAGAUCUCAGGAACAAUUUUUUAAAUUCUUUGCCAGAAGAAAUGGAAUCACUGGUAAGACUGCAAACGAUCAAUCUUUCCUUUAAUAGGUUUAAAAUGCUACCUGAAGUUCUAUAUCGUAUCUUCACACUUGAAACAAUUCUGAUUAGUAAUAAUCAGGUUGGAUCUGUGGACCCUCAGAAAAUGAAGAUGAUGGAAAAUCUGACCACGUUGGACCUUCAAAAUAAUGACCUCUUACAAAUUCCACCAGAGCUCGGUAAUUGUGUGAACUUAAGAACAUUACUACUGGAUGGAAAUCCAUUCCGAGUUCCUCGAGCAGCCAUAUUAAUGAAAGGAACAGCUGCUGUACUUGAGUAUUUGAGAGACCGAAUUCCUACUUAACAUGGAGUUGCUUUAUAACCCUUGUCAUGUAUUAUUAACCCUGGUUAAUUCUAAGGAGGAUAUAACAUUUGUUUUAGUAUCAUCUUAAAAGAUGAUUGCUAUAAUUGAUCUUGUAGUUUCCCAGUAUCACCUACCCGUUGGUAUAAUUAGCCUGGGCCAUAUUCACUGCCAGUAAAUAUUUUUACAUUUUUAUUUAAGAUUUUUGUAACGUGUUGUAUACAUUUGUAAUGGUGAUAACCACAGUGUGUUCAUACAUUUGUUCUAAAUGUUUUGCAUAGGAUUUAUCCUACUUUCAUUUUCUUAUAGCAAAAAGUUUUUUCAAAAAUGAAUUUUUAUUUAAUGUGGUUUAGUAUUAUAAUAACAAAGCAUUUUUGUAGAACUGGUUUUUUUUUCUCAUUUCUUUUUGUAUUCCAUACAAUGUGACCAAUUGACUUGAAUAUGACUAGCCAGUUUCUAUGUUUUUGUUAGAUAUAAAAUUAAAUUGAAUUUUGUUGAAUACUGUUCUUUGGCAUUUAAAAAAUAAGACCUUCUUAUCUUGGACCACAUGUCAAAAGAAAAAGGAAACAAAAAUAUAUUAAAAAUAAGACUUUUCAUUACCCGUGAAAGGACUUUUGUGAUAUGGCUAAUCUCGGUACACAUUUCAACUGAAAACUUUUUUAUUUACAGCACCAUAAUUUUAAAAUUUACUUGCAAUCUUGGUAAGACUAAACUUGCAGUGUUUUUCUAAAAGGGAAUUUGAUAUAGGUAAACUUGAUUUAAUAAAAAUUAAAUAUCAUUUUUGUUUACACCAAAAUUAUCAGAAGUAGGUUGAUUAGUCAUUAUAACACUUACCAUAUGAUUCUAUUAAGAAGUCAAUUCAGUAGCAUGUAUAUCAAUUUAUAUAGAUAGGUAGAUAGAUAGCUUUUGGAUGAUUGAGGCAUGCUUAUAUUAUGAAAAAAAUUGCUAAUAAAGAUAAAUACUACAUGUUCAGAAUAAAAGUUACAUUUUUCAAA